AUGACAUCUCACCAACACGGUGACGAAACCACAGAGUACACUCCUCUCCUGGGAGAUGCACCACCACCGCAACAACCAGACUGGAAGCAACGGCUACUGCCUCAAUGGACGCCGAAAAAAUGGCGCGUAAUACUGGUCACGGUGAUGAUUCUGCUGUUCGUCAACUUUGGGGAUACCCUGUCGACGGCCCCGCAGGUCAGGAUCUUUGAAGAAGCGGCCUGUCGAAAGUAUAAAAGAUCCAUUGGCCUUGUGGAACCAAACGGGACCGUUGUUUUGGAUGGGGAUAUCUGCAAGUCAGAGCCGGUGCAAAGCGAGGUGGCGCUUGUCAUUGGAUGGAAGAAUACCCUCGACAUCCUCCCAUCUGUUGCUUUCGGCUUGCCGUACGGCGUAGUGGCAGACAAAAUCGGACGAAGACCCGUUAUUAUCAUAUCUCUUGCCGCAAUUGCGCUGAGCGAGAUCUUGCCACGGCUUGUUUGCUGGUUCGACUGGCCGCUUCGCCUGGUCUGGCUUACUGGGAUUGCUCGUGCUCCCGGAGGCGGGCAGCUUGUCGCUACGACUAUGCUUUUGACCAUUGUUGCGGAUAUUUUCGAGGCCGACGAAAGAGCUACGGCAUUGUUUCGGCUGACCUCGCUAUCGAUUGCUGCUGAAAUCGUAGCGACUCCGAUCAGUGCAUCCGUGAUGAACAUCGACCCCUGGAUUCCGUAUUUCCUUGGCCUUGCAAUAAUGCUCGUAACCGCAAUGGCCAGUUUCUUCAUGCCGGAAACCCUUGACGAUGCAAAGGCAAGAAGGCUGUUGGCAGAGGAAAUCGAAGAUGAGGAGGAUAUCCCCGAGUCUUUACAGCCGUCGCCAACUGCCAAGGACACCGUCUUCAAUACGAUCAUCACGCAGGCGCAGGAUUUUAUCAGUUCCACGAGGCACAUGUGGAGGAAUCCGAAGCUGGUCGUGCUAUUGUCUGUGGCCUUUGCUGGGUCCAUGGACAGGUCAUCCCUCUUCUUGAUUAUUCAAUAUGCAUCGACCAAGUUCUCCUGGAGCAUUUCCGAAGCAAGCUAUCUCAUUUCCGUCCGCGGCUGUGUGAGCCUGGCAGCUUUCUGGGUUCUUAUCCCCUUUCUAUCAACUUACCUGACGCGCAGCCUUCAUUACAGUGCCGUUGAAAAGGACCUGUACGUUUCCCGAAUUUCUGCCUUUUUUGGCGCGCUUGGGUACUUUUUACUCUUCAUUGCCCCGACACCGGCGCCACUCGUUAUCGGGACUCUGUUCAUGUCGCUCUCGCUGCCGUUUGUGGUUGGAGUCAUGAGCGUAGCGACGUCGUUUGUCUCGCCCGAGCAUGUCGCGACCUUGUACAGCGCCAUGUCAGUAAUGCAGUCGCUCGGGGCGAUCGUGGCGGGCCCGACGUUUGCCAAACUGUAUGCAGUGGGCAUGCAGUUAGGGCUGGCAUGGUCAGGCUUGCCGUUUGCGGCCGGAUCGCUGAUCUUUGUCGUGGUCUUGAUCCCGAUGAUGUUCCUGAGGCCGGCGAGGGUAGACUAG